AUGUAUAUUAUAGUUUUCCUCACACCUCCUGGUUUAAUGGCUAAUGAAACCGAAGAAACCCCCCUUGUUAAGGCGGAAACUUUGUCGAAACUUUGCUCAUUCGUCAUGUUGCUGUACACCAAGGAACUUGUGGCGCCGCGUCCUCCCGACCAGGGUCUGCUCCGCUUCGGCAAGAAACCACCUGGGCUGAAGUACCGGGAGAAGUUGCGCCUCUCCUUUGCCCAUUCCACCAUCCAUGGGAUGCAGCACGUCUUCGGGGAGCGGCAUCUGUGGCAACGCAUCCUGUGGCUCAGCAUUGUCGUGGGUGCUGGAAUUACCGCCUUCAGUUUGUAUUCCAUGCUGAGGCAUCGCUACGCCGAGCAGCAACUGGUCAGCCUGAUAGAGACCACCCAGUUGCCAGUGUACCACAUACAGUUCCCUGCCGUUGGCAUCUGUCCAUGGGGUCAUGUCAACUGGCAGAGAGCCCCGAGUGCCGCCCUGCGUUUCCUUCCCCUGAAUCCGGAUAAGGAGUUGCUGGAGACAUUCCAUCAGUUCCUGGUGCUGUUGGAGCUCACCUCGUUUGCCCACUUUAACAGGGCCACGGACUUGAUUACGAGGAAUCUGACUGAAUUGACUUCGCUGAGAAUGAUGUCCAUGAUCAACUACCUGGCCUACCGCUGUGAUGAGCUCUUUGUCACCGAUUCCUGCGUCUUCGACGAGACGCCCUAUGAUUGCUGCAAGCUUUUUGUGCCGGAGCAAACGGAGAAGGGCCAGUGCUUGGUGUUCAACUCCCUGAUCUCGGAUCAGUCGCAAAAGAAGCAGCUGACCAAUAAGUUUUAUCCGUACAGAUUGAGCACGGCUGGCGAGGAUUCGGGACUGAAGUUCACUAUAAACGCAAGUCAUGCCCUGGUGCGAGAUGGCCUUAGGUUGCCAUUUGCGAUGAAUCUCAUGAUCAAGGAACCCCGUCAAUGGUCCACGGAAAUGAUGUAUCACCUGUACCCGGACACGGAGAACUUUGUGGCCGUGCAUCCUUUGGUUACGGAAACCUCCCCAAACACCUAUGAAAUGAGUCCGGAAAAGAGGCGUUGUUACUUCGAUAACGAGCGGAAUCCUUACUUUCAGAACACCACGCUGACCUAUAAUCGAGAUAAUUGCCUGGCUGUGUGUCUUCACCAGGCGGUGCUCAGGACCUGCAAUUGCUCCACGCCGGUUUUCCUCCCUCCCAUAGAGGGCAUUCGUGAGUGCGGCAUAGAGGAUGCACAGUGUUUGGGCAUCAAUGCUGAUAUUUUUAGCUACGUGAAGACUGGCGACCAGGACAAGUACAUCAACGAAUCGCGACGUGGACACUUUUGCCAUUGCCCCGACAACUGCAAUUCGCUGCAGUACAAAAUGACGCUCAAUGUGAGGAAAUUGGAUUAUCCCAAAAACUCCACGGAGCGCCUGAUCAAGGCCCAGAUCUACUAUGGCCAACGGGUGAUGACCAAGAUCGUAACCAAACUAAAGUACACCAAUCUGGAUUUGCUGGCCAACUUUGGCGGCAUCGUCAGCCUCUAUAUAGGGGCCUCCGCCUUGAGUUUUGUGGAGUUUUUUCUGGUUCUUGGAAAGCUGCUCUGGACGCUCAUCAGAGAUGUCAAGGAGGGCCUUAAGUCAUAUAUUUAA